AACACUGUUAUGUUAUUGAGUUUUAUUUGGUUGCCCUAAACUGUAAGUUGUCCUUUGUCCAAAAUCCAAAAUGUCCGAGGAUAAUAAUAUGUCCAAUUCUAAAGAAAAAAUAAUAUUCAAAUCUAAAAUUCGCAAACAAUUUAGAAAACGUCUUAAAGAGGAAGACAGUGAUGAAAAUGAGACUGAAGUAAUUGCAAAACUACAAGAAAUGAAAGAAGUUCAGAAACUUAGAGAAAGACCUAAUGGUGUUAGUUUAGUUGGUUUAGCGCUAGGAACAAAAGUACUAACGGACACAGAAAUCAAAGAUUCUUUUAAUAAAAACAUUGGUGGUUUGGUAAACUUGCAGGCCUUAAAUAGUGGCAAUUGGAAAGUAGAUGACGCCUAUGAUACUGGAAUAGGAACUCAGUUUUCUGUGGAAACUAAUAAACGAGAUGAGGAUGAAGAAAUGAUGAAAUUUAUAGAAGUUGAGCUAUCAAAAAGAAAAGGUAAAGAAAAGCAAAGUGAAGGUCAGGAUGGUAAUAGCAAAUAUCAUACACCAGAAGAAAUAGCCCUACAGUCAGUACCCGAACAUUUAAGGGUAUCUUCAAAGAAACAAUCUGAAGAAAUGUUAUCAAAUCAGAUGUUAAGCGGUAUACCUGAAGUUGAUUUAGGUAUUGAGGCCAAAAUCAAAAAUAUAGAGGCUACAGAAGAAGCUAAACUUAGGUUAUUGUGGGAAAAACAAAAUAAGAAGGAUGGGCCCUCACAGUUUGUUCCAUCCAACAUGGCUGUAAAUUUUGUACAGCAUAAUAGGUUUAAUACAGGAGCGAGUGAAAUUCCGCCAAAGAAGGCUAAAAUGGAGGAAAAACCGAAGAAAAAGGAUGAAAAAGCUACGGACGAUUAUUAUUAUGAAAGAUUCAAAAAACAGUUUAAAAGAUAAUAUUAAAUGUUUUAGUAAAAAAACUAUAGUUUUAUCAUAGAUAUAGUAAUAAACUGUAUUUGAAAAUUUUAAACUAGACAUGUAUUUACAGCUUAAUUGAAAAAUAAUCGUUUCAAAGUGUUUUAAUAUUAGAAUAUAUACUGUGAUGGUAUGUUCCAGCCAAAUGCUUUAAUCUUUUUCUUAGGAAUAUUAAAUGACGUCAUUGAUUAAAAA